CGACGUAGCCAUAUUGCUUCGUGGUAGUGUACUUUGCAUUUGGGUAAGUGACACACUGGAAUAUUGUCAAACAGUCCUUCAUUAUUUGACGAUCGAAAUUUUCUAAUUGAGUUCACACAAAUCCACCAAAAUGUUUUUAUGGGACUGGCUUACCGGUAUGCUCAACUUUUUAGGUUUGAGAAGGAAAUCGGGCAAGUUGAUAUUUUUGGGUCUGGACAAUGCUGGUAAAACCACCUUAUUAAGUAUGCUUAAAGCUGGUCAUUUAUCCCAGCCAGUGCCAACUCUGCACCCAACAUCUGAGGAGCUGUCUAUGGGAGGAAUGAAAUUUACAACAUUUGACCUUGGUGGACACAAACAAGCAAGAAGAGUUUGGAAGACAUACUUUCCAGCUGUAGAUGGAAUAGUGUUUUUGAUAGAUGCUUUUGACAGAGAGAGAUUUCCUGAAGCCAAAGCAGAAUUAGAAAGUCUGUUGACAGAUGAACAAGUGGCCAAUGCGCCAGUGUUAAUUCUAGGCAACAAAAUAGACCGCCCUGGUGCUGCUAGUGAGGAUGAUAUUAGGGCCUGGUUUGGACUACAUGGUAUGACUACAGGAAAGCGUCAGGUGGCAAGAAGUGAGUUACCAGGGCGUCCCAUGGAACUGUUCAUGUGCAGUGUGCUAAAGAGACAGGGGUACGGAGAAGGUUUCCGCUGGUUAGCACAGUACAUCAAUUAGGUCAUCACAUUAAGCAUUAGCACUGGACAAAUGACUAAGACAUUGUAACUGAAGACAUUUGGGGGGGGGGGGGGUUCUUUUUCAGGUCAGGCCUAUUGCAGAGUGUUCACUGCAAAAAGAAGGCUCUGAUUGGAAGGAAAAAUACUUAUUGCCCAUAGGAAAUAGAAAAUAUGAUGGGGCAACAUUUACAACUGCUAUGUAAACUGAACACAGCAAUGGAGAUUUUUUUUAAACGUGAAAUACAGGAUGAAAUAAUGUAAGGAAACCUGAACAGCCUGUACCAGUACAAAGGCAAAGAUUUAUUAUGGUAGAAUUAACAAAAAAGGGUUUAAAUGCACUAAGAGCAUUGUUACCAAGCUGUACUGUUACAAUAUUUAAUAUAUCUGAUGGUGUGUUGGGACUUUGAACAGUGGUAAUUAUUGCAAUCUUGUACAAAAACAUUCAACAUAAUAUCACUGAUAAAAGCUUAGUUAGGAAGGAUAUAUGUACAACUUGGACAUCCAUGAUACUGAAAUGCUAGGAGUAUAUCAUAUUGAGAUACGUUCAUCAGAAAGGACUUGGAUGGCUGUGAUAUUGGCAUUGUAUGUCCCAACUCAGCUACUGGAGAAUCUAAUAGAAUUCUUUUUUAUUACAUUUGAAUUUAUUUAUUUGUUUAUAGAUUAAUUUAUAAUUAAGAUGAAUAGACUGCACCUUGUUAAUUUAGCCAUUCCAGUAGUAGCUGUAGAUAGUAAACCAUAAAUAUGAUUUGAAACACUAUUUAUUUAAUCUAUAACUAAGAGAACUACGUGGAUUGUAGUCAGUGCCUGCCUUGGUCUGGAGCUGCUCGCCCCUAAAUACUGGAUGUGUCACUCAAGAGGAAUAAAGUCAACUAUGUGCCAAGAAAGACUUGCUGGCUGACAUUGUCUCCAUAUUCUGGCACAAAAUGAAGUAUUUUUGUAGGAAUGUUAUGGGCAGAUUUUAUAUCAGAGUUCCAAAGUUCUUUUUAAAAUAUUUCAGUUGUUUCUGCACAGUCUAUGCUUCUACUAGUUAAUCUGGAGGUGCAGUGUCAGUGUUGUCCUCACAGAAAAAUAAAACUUCCUAUCGACCUAGACACCCGCCUUAAUGCCUUGGUAAACGUUUGAUUACAUAUCAGCUGAAUGUGUCAUCGUUAUGUAGCAAAAUCUUUGGCAUUCUUUCUUUGAUCACUUACGAUUUUCAGUUCUGAUUCAUGUUAUGUUGGCUGAUAGAGUGUUUAGGCUGGGUUUAUCUCCAUGGCUGACAACGUUGUUAUAAAGGCGUCAGAAAAAAAAGACUGCUCAACACGAGACCGCAUCAAAAUACGAGUCCACUUGUACUUUAAAGUUGGGAACAGUUUUGAGAUUAGCCAUGUUUGAUUAACCCUACCUCCAGGUUCAGAAAAGUGCACUAAAUUCUGCCUGCUCAUGUAGUAUGUGUCCCUGCAAACUGUUGCUUAUAGAUAAAUUUAACAAGUGUCAGUUAAUUGUACAUCACCAGGUGACCAGUUUCAUUCGUACUGGUCUUUUUGUAUCGAAUAAAAAUGUUAUACAUAUA